AUGCUUUUCCCAAUCUCCACGUCGGCCACGGCAUUUCUUCUGGCCUCUGUCAUCUUCUGUCUAGUAUUCUGGGUAAUCAGGGCCUCAAGACCUCGGGUCCCCAAAGGCCUGAAGAAUCCACCAGGGCCAUGGGGCUGGCCCCUGAUUGGGCACAUGCUGACCCUGGGAAAGAACCCACACCUGGCACUGUCAAGGAUGAGCCAGCGGUAUGGGGACGUGCUGCAGAUUCGCAUUGGCUCCACACCUGUGCUGGUGCUGAGCGGCCUGGACACCAUCCGGCAGGCCCUGGUGCAGCAGGGUGAUGAUUUCAAGGGCCGGCCCGACCUCUACAGCUUCACCCUCAUCAGUAAUGGCCAGAGCAUGUCCUUCAGCCCAGACUCUGGACCAGUGUGGGCUGCCCGCCGGCGCCUGGCCCAGAAUGGCCUGAAAAGUUUCUCUAUUGCCUCUGACCCAGUCUCCUCAUCUUCCUGCUACCUGGAGGAGCAUGUGAGCAAGGAGGCUGAGGUCCUGAUCAGCAAGUUGCAGGAGCAGAUGGCAGGGCCCGGGCACUUUAACCCCUACAGGUAUGUGGUGGUAUCAGUGGCCAAUGUCAUCUGUGCCAUUUGCUUUGGCCAGCGCUAUGACCACGACCACCAAGAACUGCUUAGCCUAGUCCUCCUGAAUAAUAAUUUCGCGGAGGUGGUUGGCUCUGGAAACCCAGCUGACUUCAUACCUAUUCUUCGCUACCUGCCCAACCGUUCCCUUAAUGGCUUCAAGGACCUGAAUGAGAAGUUCCACAGCUUCAUACAGAAGAUGAUCAAGGAGCACUACAAAACCUUUGAGAAGGGCCACAUCCGGGACAUCACAGACAGCCUGAUUGAGCACUGUCAGGAGAAGCAGCUGGAUGAGAACGCUAAUAUCCAGCUGUCAGAUGAGAAAAUCAUUAAUGUCGUCUUGGACCUCUUUGGAGCUGGGUUUGACACAGUCACAACUGCUAUCUCCUGGAGCCUCAUGUAUUUGGUGACGAAUCCCAGGGUACAGAGAAAGAUCCAAGAAGAGCUAGACACAGUGAUUGGCAGGUCACGGCCGCCCCGGCUCUCUGACAGACCCCAUCUUCCCUAUCUGGAGGCCUUUAUCCUGGAGACCUUCCGACACUCCUCCUUCGUCCCCUUCACCAUCCCCCACAGCACCACAAGAGACACAAGUCUGAAAGGGUUUUACAUCCCCAAGGGGCGUUGUGUCUUUGUGAACCAGUGGCAGAUCAACCAUGACCAGAAGCUAUGGGUCAACCCAUCUGAGUUCCUACCUGAACGGUUUAUCACCCCUGAUGGUGCUAUCAACAAGGUGCUAAGUGAGAAGGUGAUUCUCUUUGGCUUGGGCAAGCGGAAGUGCAUCGGUGAGACCAUUGCCCGCUGGGAGGUCUUUCUCUUCCUGGCCAUCCUGCUGCAGCGGGUGGAGUUCAGCGUGCCACCGGGUGUGAAGGUGGACAUGACCCCCAUCUAUGGGCUGACCAUGAAGCACGCCUGCUGUGAGCACUUCCAAAUGCAGCUGCGCUCUUAG